CAUGGGGGCGGGGGGUUGGCGGGGCCCCCCCUCGCUGCUGCUGGUUUUACUGGUGCUGACUGGGAAAGGGGGGGGGGGGCGGCGGCAGCAGAGCGCUGACACAUUUCGGGGGGGGUCCCCCCCCCCAAAAUGGGGGUGGGGGUGGGGGGCGGCCCCCCCCCCGCCUCUUUUUGCCCGGGGGGGGUGCGAAUGCGACCGAGAGGGCGCCCUCUGUCGGGGGGGGGCGGGGCUGCCCCGGGGGCUCCCCCCCCGCCUGGCCACGCUGUCCCUGGUGCGGUGGCACAUCGAUGUCCUGGGCGAGGGCAGCUUCCGGGACACCCCGGCCCUGCAGCUGCUGUUGGUCACUGCCGGGCGCCUGGGGACCAUCGGGGACGGGGCCUUCGCCGGGCUGGUGCUGCUGGAGUACUUGUUCAUCGAGGACAAUGAGGUGGGGACGAUCGCCCCCACGGCGCUGCGGGGACUGCGGGGGCUGCUCUACCUGAGCCUGGCCAACAACCGCCUGGAGACGUUGCCCCGGGGGCUCUUCCAGGGGCUGGAGACACUGACCCAGCUGGACCUGCGGGGGAACCCCUUCCAGUGCGACUGUCGCCUGCGUUGGCUGGUGGCCUGGUUGGCCAGUGACCCCCCCCCCGGCCGAGCCCGGACGUUGCCGGGGUCCCCCCCCCCCGCCAGGGCACCCCCUUGGCUCAGCUCCACCCCCGCGACUUCCACUGCCACGUCUCCGUCCCUCCCGUUCUCCUCGUUGGCGGCCGAACCUUUCGCCCUGGGGGGGCACCCGGGGGUGGCCCUGGCCCAACCCUUCGCCGGCGCCUGCGCCCUUUUGGAGUGGGACCAGUUGGCCGGACGCUUCCGGGCCCCCACCAUCAUCAACGGCUCGUCCCCGGUGGCCUGUCACCCCCUGCAGCUGGGGGGCGCCUUGGUGGUGGUGGUGGCCCAGCUGGGGGGGGGCUCGGCCGUCUGGCGACGGGCCGGCGGCCCCGGCAGCCGUUUCGUCCGCUUGCAAGCCCUGGGCAACGGUCGCUUGCGACGACCCCACGCGGUGGCCAGCGCCCGCUUGGGGGGUCACUGGUACCUGGGGGUGGCCGACAGCUCCAAGGGGGGCACCAGCACCCUCUUCCGUUGGGGGGGCCGGGGCUUCUACCCCCACCAAGCCCUUCGGCCUUGGCACCGCGACACCCACCUGGAGUUCCUGGAGCUGGGGGGGCGGCCGGCUUUGGUGGUCUGCAGCGGCACGAGGAGACCUUUGGUCUAUCGGUGGAGCGGGGGGGCCUUCGCCCCCCACACCGACAUCCCCCACGUGCCCGACGUCUACGCGGCCAAGCACUUCCGCCUGCGGGGCCACGUCUUCCUCUGCCUCACCCGCUUCCUGGGGGACGCCAAGGUGAUGCGUUGGGAAGGUUCCAUGUUCCGGGAGGUCCAGCAGGUUCCGGCGCGGGGUUCCUUGGUCUUCCAACCCUUGUCGUUGGCCGGCCAACGCUACGUCAUCUUGGGCAAUGACUACGCCCCCAGUCGCGUCUACCGCCUUGGAGCUGGGGGACACCUGGAACCCAUCCAGGAGCUCCUGACCCCCACCCCCCGCGCCUUCGCCCCCCUGGCCAUGGGGCACCGUCACUUUCUGGUGGCCUCCAGCUUCAAAGGGGCCACCCAGAUCUACCGGCACGUCACCGUGGAUUUGGGGGCUUGAGGGGUGACCGAGGGCCGUGAGGGACACCGAAGGUCACCUCACGAUGGAGCUGGGGACAGGGGACGGGGGGGGGGGACACGUCGCAGGGUGGAGGUGAGGUCCCCUGAAGGACGUGGGGACAUGGGCCACGAUAUCGUUGUGGAGGUGGCCCGUGUCCCCACGAACACCCUGGAGCCGGACACCUGAGGGACGUGGGGACACGGGGACGUCACGCCACGGAGGUGAGUUCCUGGCGGACGUGGGGACAUCAAUUGUCACUUCAUCGUGGACCUGGGCACCUGGGACAUGGGGACGUCAACCGUGGGGACACCACCUCAUCAUCUCCUGAUGCCACCAUCUACCCGAUGUCCCCAAGGACAUCAUCGACCCAGUGUCACCAUUGGCCCCACCUCACCUUGUCACCUCCUGGUGCCACCAUCAACCCCAUGUCCCCAAAGCCACUGUCAACCCCAUGUCACCACUGGCCUCAUGUCACCUCCUGUCCCACCAUCUACCCGAUGUCCCCAAGGCAAUGGCCGACCUGAUGUCACCUUGUCACCUCCUGGUGCCACCAUCAACCCCAUGUCCCCAAAGCCACCGUCAACCCAGUGUCACCAUUGUCCCCAUCUCACCUUGUCACCUUCUGGUGCCACUAUCAACCCGAUGUCGCCAAAGACACUGUCAACCCCAUGUCACCAGUGGCCUCAUGUCACCUCCUGUCCCACCAUCAACCCCAUGUCCCCAAAGCCACCGCCAACCCAGUGUCACCACUGGCCCCACCUCACCUUGUCACCUUCUGGUGCCACCAUCAACCCCAUGUCCCCAAGGCAAUGGCCGACCUGAUGUCACCUUGUCACCUCCUGGGGCCACCAUCAACCUGAUGUCCCCAAGGACAUCAUCAACCCCAUGUCACCACUGGCCCCACCUCACCUUGUCACCUUGUGGUGCCACCAUCUACCUGAUGUCCCCAAAGCCACCGUCAACCCCAUGUCACCAGUGGCCUCAUGUCACCUCCUGUCCCACCAUCAACCCGACGUCCCCAAGGACAUCAUCAACCCAACGUCACCUUGUCACCUCCUGGUGGUGCCACCAUCAACCCGACGUCCCCAAGGCCACCGUCAACCCAACGUCACCUUGUCACCUCCUGGUGCCACCAUCAACCUGAUGUCCCCAAGGCCACCGUCAACCCAACAUCACCUUGUCACCUCCUGGUGCCACCAUCAACCUGAUGUCCCCAAGGCCACCGUCAACCCAACAUCACCUUGUCACCUCCUGUCCCACCAUCAACCCGAUGUCCCCAAUAACCAAAAUGACCUUUUUUAACAUUUUUUAUUAUUAUUAUUAAUUUCCCCUUUUCUUGUAAGUUUUUUUUUGGGGGGGGGUUCACCCCAAAAUAAACCUCCCCCCCCCCACCACCGGGGGCUGGGGACACGUGGGGACACCUCA